GGGCUGCCCGCGAUGAUGUAUUGUUGGCACAUUCUUGAAGCGAAUUCACCGUUGCUAUUGCAACGUUGUGUUUCACGUAACCGGUCUAUAAAUCAUCAAAUAAGAGCAACGCUUCUUUCGUUGCGGUUGAAAAAUUGCUCAAUAACGGUCAAGAAAAGGCUGAAAUAUGGCUUGCGCUGGAAAUCAUCAGCGAUUGUCUACGAAUGUUGUUAAAGCUACAAACGUCUUCUACAAAGAGCACAAUGUUACUCGAGACAAGCGAGGACAAGUUGUUGGCACGAGGGGUGGCUUUCGAGGAUGUACAGUUUGGUUCACCGGCCUUUCUGGUGCGGGAAAAACCACAAUCAGUAUGGCGUUAGAAGAUUACCUGUGUCGACAAGGUAUUCCUUCCUACACACUGGAUGGCGACAACAUGAGGACAGGGCUUAAUCGAAACUUAAGUUUCACGCCCGAGGACCGCGAGGAGAAUAUCCGCCGUGUUAGCGAAGUCGCCAAGCUGUUUGCAGACUCCGGCAUGAUCUGUCUUACAGCCUUUAUCAGCCCUUAUGCACGGGAUCGUGAAAGAGCUCGUAAACUGCAUGAGAAAGCAGGACUGCCAUUUUUUGAGAUUUUUGUGGACACUCCUUUGGAAACAUGUGAACAAAGAGAUGUCAAGGGACUGUACAAGAAAGCCAGGGAAGGACUCAUCAAAGGUUUUACUGGCAUUGACUCAGUGUACGAGCCGCCACCCAACCCAGAGCUGUGUCUCAAGUCAGGAGAAGAGCUGGUAGACGACUGCGUUCAACGAGUCAUCAAGCUGCUUGCAGACCAAGGUAUUUUGCCAUACUCAACCUACAGUGGAAUCAAAGAGCUGUUCGUUCCAGAAGAGCAGGUCGAGGAAGCCAAACAAGAAGCCGAGGAACUGCCUUCAGUUGAAAUAACUAAGUUGGAUCUUCAGUGGGUACAAGUUCUUGCCGAAGGUUGGGCGACGCCUCUUAAUGGCUUCAUGAGGGAGCGUGAAUAUUUGCAAUGUCAGCAUUUUGGACUCUUAUUGGAUGAGGGCGUGGUCAAUCAAUCCAUUCCCAUCGUGCUCCCGGUUCAGACCGCUGACAAAGAAAAACUAGAAGGAAAGGAAGCCCUUGCCCUUCGUUAUGAAGGGAAGCCAGUAGCUAUCCUGAGAAAACCAGAAUUUUAUCCUCACCGCAAAGAAGAACGAUCGGCCCGUCAAUUUGGAAUAACGCACAUCGGACACCCCUACAUUAAGAUGAUACAUGAAAGUGGAGAUUGGCUUGUUGGAGGAGACCUGGAAGCCUUGGAACGAAUCAAAUGGAAUGAUGGACUUGACAGUUACCGAAAGACUCCGAAUGAACUUCGUGCCGAAUUCCGACGACGAGAUGCCGACGCCAUAUUUGCUUUCCAACUCCGUAAUCCAGUACACAAUGGGCAUGCGUUGUUAAUGCAGGAUACCCGUCAGAAGUUACUUGAAAGAGGAUUUAAAAAGCCCGUGUUAUUACUACAUCCCCUGGGAGGGUGGACAAAGCAAGAUGAUGUUCCGUUACCAGUCCGAAUGAAGCAACAUCAUGCUGUUAUGGAAGAAGGAGUACUGGACCCAGAGAACACAGUUAUAGCUAUAUUUCCUUCACCUAUGAUGUAUGCUGGCCCAACAGAGGUUCAAUGGCAUGCCAAGGCGCGUGUGGCAGCUGGAGCAAAUUUCUUUAUUGUGGGACGGGACCCUGCUGGAAUGCCCCACCCUGACCCUAAUCCAAAGAGGGACCUUUAUGAGCAUUCACACGGUAGAAAGGUUUUAACCAUGUCUCCAGGUCUCACACAGUUAGAGAUAGUUCCGUUCCGUGUAGCGGCUUACAACACAAAGAACAAAAAGAUGGACUUCUUUGAUCCAGAACGGAAGGAAGAGUUUGAUUUCAUAUCUGGGACGCGCAUGCGUGGCUUAGCACGGGCUGGUGAGGUUCCACCGGACGGGUUUAUGGCGCCUAAAGCAUGGCAGGUCCUGUCGGAUUAUUACCGCUCCCUGAAUAAGAAUUAACGCUUGUACCCUCUAGGCACAAUGCUGUCAGUACUUUCAGUAGUGCUAUACAAUGCUACUGAUUGUAACAAGUAGUCACAAUUUUCAAUCUCUUCGGGAACUUAGGAAAAGUCUAUCAGUGAAUCGAUAUGAAAGAUACCUUACAUCGCAGGCAGUAUUUCCUAAGGUCUAGUUUACAAUAGCGACAUUACGACAUAGUUUCUUAUGUCUCAAAGUGAACAUUGAGAUAAAAGCAUAAGGAAAAGAUCAGUUUUUUAUUAUGUUGUUAUGUUCAGUCUUUUAUGUUACUAUUAUGGCAUUAUGUCAGGAAGUUCACUUUGCAAACAUCACGAUACAAUGUCCUGCUUAUGUCGUUAUUUCGCUUAUGUGAACCCGGCCUUACAAUCAUGGGAGAUAUUACUGAAUGAGAUUGUUUUAGCAGUGCAACGUUCUCGGCAAUUUUACCCAACAAUGAGGAUAAUAUUGAAUCAAAAUUUUGGGACCGUUAAACGCUUAAUUCACGUCACUAACUUUUCAUCAAACCAAGCUGAAAUUUUUAGAGUCGUGUCUGUUAAAAUUACCCUUUUAAUGGGAACUUUUUUGGAAUCGAUUCAAGUUAGACUCUUUCUUUGCUCCCGAUUCUGCAUUUCCAAUUUUCUUCAUAAUGAAACGACCACAACACAACCAUAAGCACAUGGGAACUUGGCUGUAGUGCAAUCGUAUUGCAAUUUUAUCGUAACAAUUAUUUUUAAUGUAGUUUAGGCACGCACGCAGUGGUGAAUCGCUGGGAUGUCCUAAGUAAUUAUGGGAUCGAAUGCAGGUUUCGUAAUGAAUAUUUUAGCAGGUUUAGCCAGAAAAAGUAAUAAUCCUGGCGCUAAUUUUCAAACUUGUUUAAAAAAAUACGUCCUAUAGAAAAAUUCCCUUCGUAAUUUUUACGGUAGUUCUGGGAAACACCGUUCCUUCGAUUGUACCCCCGCCAAGUCACGCAUUUCUGUUUUACAUAAUUUUAGAAGGGUAUGUUCUUUUAAGUAUUAUUAGAUAAAUACAAUUUCCUUGGUUGCAUUGUAAUGCUGUUUAACCGGGAAAUAAAAAACAUAUACGCACGAUAUUC